AUGAAUUCUUUCACGCUACUUUGGCUUCUAUCAGUUGCGUCAUUGUGUACUAAUUGUCUGUGUGACAACAAAAACCCAGGACAUAUUUUGUGCAUUAAGAAGGAGAGAUUGGCGCUUUUGCAGUUUAAGAAUGAUCUGAUAGAUGCUUCCAACCGCCUCUCUUCUUGGAGCAGUGCCAAGAAUAUGGACUGUUGUCAAUGGGCUGGAAUCGUCUGUGAUAACAUUACUGGCCAUGUCCAAGAGCUUCAUCUUCAAGGACCUGAUCCCGAUCUUGAAGAAGCAUCCAAUCAGAGACUUGGAGGAAGCAUAAAUCCUUCUCUACUAUCGUUGAAGCAACUUAAGUACCUUGACUUGAGCUGCAACGAUUUUGAAGCUAUUCAAAUUCCAAGUUUCAUAGGUUCUCUAAUAAACUUGAGAUACCUGAAUCUCUCACUAUCACAAUUCCAAGGUAACAUUCCUCAUGAAAUCGGUAAUCUGUCCAAUUUGGUUGUCCUUGAUCUCAGAAUUGGACGAUGGCUAAGUGAUUUUACUGUUAAGAGCUUGGAUUGGUUGUCGGGUCUCCCUUUACUACAGUACCUCGACAUGUCUGGAUAUGAUCUUAACACUGUAUCUGAAUGGCUUCAAGCGAUCCACACCCUUCCAGCAUUGAACGAAUUGCACUUGUCUUCAUGUAAUCUUUCUCAAAUCCCACGUCACCCAACCAAACUUAAUUUCACUUCGCUUACCAUUCUUGAUCUUUCUUAUAACUUCUUUGACACUUUGAUGCCUGGGUGGAUUUUUAGUCUAAGUAAGCUAGUUUCCUUGGAUUUGUCUAGAUGCCUUUUCCAUGGUCCGGUUCUUGAUAGUGUUAGUGGUUUCAACAACCUGACUCAUCUAAAAUUUCUUCAUGUUACUGAAAAUGAUUUUAUGAAUUCACCAUCUGUUUUGAAGGGGUUGAUGAGCCUAACAAGCCUUGUGUCGCUAGAUGUUAGUACCUGUGAUAUUUCAAGUCCAAUUCUUGGUGGCCUUCAUAAUAUGACUUCUCUUGUUAGUAUCGAUUUGUCACAAAAUCAUAUUGUGGAGGCUUUGCCAAACUCAUUUGGCGUCCUUUGCAACUUGAUUCACAUUGAUUUCCGAUCUAAUAAUUUCAGUGGAAGUGUAUCGGAGCUUUUAACUAAUUUGUGUGAAUGCAAAUCUCCUAAGUUAGAGUAUUUAGCUUUUUCUGCAAACCGCCUUUCUGGUUCUAUUCCAGAGAGAAUAGGACAACUUCAACAUUUGGUCACUUUUGAUCUUGCAUUCAAUUACAUUUCUGGUAUAAUUCCGUAUUCUUUAGGAAGAUUGUCAUUCUUGAAGGAGUUGAUGCUUAAUGUUAACUCCCUUUCUGGUCCUCUACCCGAUUCACUUGGGAACUUAACAUCAUUGUUUUGGUUAGAGAUUUCUUACAACAAUUUCAAUGGAAGUCUACCUGAAAGUAUAGGACACCUUGGGAACUUGGAUUACAUGAGUGUGCAUCACAAUUCAUUGACGGGUGUUCUAACGGAAAAUCACUUUGCCAAUCUCACAUCAUUGAAGACCAUAUGGGCAGAAGCAAACAUGUUAUCGCUACAACUAAGAGACAAAAAUUGGGUCCCACCCUUCCAACUUAAGGUCCUGAGAAUAGGUUCUUGGAGUUUAGGCCCUCACUUUCCUUCAUGGAUUCAGUCACAAAAAAACUUGACUGAUUUGGACAUAGCCAAGGCAGGAAUUUCAGAUGUCAUUCCAAGUUGGUUUUGGAGCUCGUUUUCAGAUAUUGUUUUCUUGAAUAUAUCUCAAAAUAGUAUCCAUGGGAUUCUGAAAGGAGACCUUAGCAUCCUUGCACCAAAUGCAAUCGUUGAUCUAAGUGACAACUAUUUUCAAGGUCCAUUACCUGGAAAUUUCACUGAAGCUGACUUUGUUUUUCUAGAUGUAUCAAACAAUAAUCUUUCAGGUUCCAUUGAGCAGUUCUUGUGUCCAAGUUUGGAAAAAGAUAGACCCCUACAAGUUCUUGAUCUAGCCAAUAACAACAUGUCGGGUGUUAUUCCAGAUUGUUGGAUGAAUUGGCAAGCUUUAUCAGUUGUAAACUUUGAGAACAAUAAGUUUUCUGGUGAAAUUCCAGAAUCUGUGGGGAACUUAUUUUCCCUUCUGUCAUUCAACAUCCGCAACAACACGCUCUCUGGCAAACUACCUGCAUCUCUAUUGAAUUCUGAAAGCUUACAGAUUAUUGAGCUUGCUGAGAAUGAAUUCAUUGGAAGAAUACCAUCCUUGAUAGAUGGAAAAGAAACAAAGUUGAAACUACUCAACCUCAGAUCAAACAAGCUGCAAGGUGAAAUCCCUGAUGAACUAUGUCGUCUCACAUCAAUCCAGAUCCUGGAUCUUGCCCAUAACAAUCUAUCAGGAACCCUUCCGAGAUGCUUCUACAACUUCAGCAUCAUGUCUGGAAGGCAAGGCUCAAGUCCGAUUGUUCUAUAUGACGUGCCAUUUCAGGAUCAAUUUCUUGGUAGUGCGUUGUUGGUGACUAAAGGAAGAGAGUUUGAAUAUAGCACCAUUUUAUAUCUGGUAACAACUUUGGAUCUUUCAGGUAAUAAGUUUUCUGGACCCAUUCCACGAGAACUUAUGGGGCUUGUAGGUUUGCGUUGGUUGAAUUUGUCAGGAAAUCAAUUAACAGGAAGAAUUCCAGAGGAGAUUGGUGAAAUGACAUUACUUGAAUCUCUUGAUUUUUCCAUGAACCAGCUUGAUGGGAGGAUUCCUUGGAGCAUGUCGAGGUUGUCAGCCUUAAAUUGGUUGAAUUUGUCUUCCAACAAACUGACGGGAGAAAUCCCAACAGGUACUCAGCUUCAGAGCUUAAAUGAAUCGAGCUUCAAGGAAAACACACUCUGUGGGCCUCCACUUACAGUUGUCUGCAACAAGAAAUGGGCCUCACCUGAUGCAAGCAUAGGAAGCGGAGAAGAACAAAAUGAGGAUGAUGAAUCAGAUGGACAAAACUGGGGAUUUAUCAUCAGCAUUGUGCUUGGAUUUAUAAUUGGCUUUUGGGUUAUGGUUGCUCCUUUAAUUGCAAGUAAAGUAUGGAGAGGUGCUUACUUUUCUUUUCUCCAUAAAGUGUGGUUCAAUAUUUGUAUUGCUAGUCAUAGUUAA